AUGGCCAAGUUAGGGAACCGCCGGACGAGGUCCCCGCCGCCGGCCACCGCCCUCGCCUCCACAGUCACCUCGUCCUCAUCCUCAUCCUCCACAAACACCAAAGAAACAGCGUCCCCGUAUUUCCUACCUGAGCUGAUCCCAUUGAUCGCGAGCCGCCUGACGACCCUGGAGGACUUCUUCGCCCUCCGCGCCGCCUGCCGCGCCUACCGGGCUCGCCUCCCGCUGUCGUCGUCCAACCUCGCCUCGCAGGGUCCACUCCUCCUCGUCCACCACAAGACCUCUGCCUCGGAAGCGCUCUUCCACGUCCCCCUCCGCCGCAUCCUGCGCUUCCGCCUCCCGCGCGCCCCCGUGGCCCAUCGACCCUCCAGCCACAGCUGCUUCGGCCGGCUCUUCACCCCUCCUUCCUUCAACCUCACCUUCUUCAACUCGUUUGGCUGGUGCGUCGCCAUCCGAGACAUCAGCACCACCGCCAGACCCUGCUGCACCCAGCUCCGCAUCUGCCACCUCCUCACAGGCGAGCGAGCUCGACUGCCCGAUCUUCCGAAAUAUGUUGGAGGUGUUCUCUUUUCCGAUGACCUAGUCCUUGCAUUCACCCCAAGGCACCGCGACAUAUACUACUGCCGCAUUGGGGAUGCUCAGUGGCAAGCGGCACAGAUCGAUGAAGGCUACGGCCUUUACAGUCUGAUGUUCGUGAAAGGCACCCUCUACGCGUUGAUUUAUCCAAAUCAUCGUCUUGCUGUUGUCGAGUUUGACAACAAUUCAGUGGUAUUGUCGUUUCUUGGGGAUGAACUUAGUGCACAUACAGUUCCAGCUGAUAGUUUGGCGGUCUCGCUCGCCGAAUGCAAUGGUGAGAUAUUGCUUAUUAUCAAAACCGGGUUGUUUAGAACCGGGUUGUACCAUGUUUUCCAGUGGCAAUCCGGGGACAGGAAGUGGACGAGGAUCGAUAGCCUUGGUGGUUGUAGCUUGUUCUUCAAUAGUCAUGAGUUUGUAGGUUGCCUUGGUCCAGAUCAUCCGGGAGUUCAAAGAGACUGUUUGUACUUUACUGGAAACUUUGGGGAGUGGAGGGAGUAUUCUUUGGUUUACAAAACUUUUCAUGAAAUUAUUGCCGACUACCCAGGGCGAGUAGUGCCGAAGGAUUUUGCACCGCUGGCUUGGGUCCUUCCAAGCAUUUGUUGA